ACAACUUGAAACUCAAACGUUGACAAGAUUGUCGCCCAUAUGCUUGGCCAAAUGUAUGUUUUCUGAGCGCUAGUGCAUGGUAUACAGCCUCCACUCAUUGUAUAGCUUUGAUUUCCUCGGAGAGUCUAACCACAAACCCUUCGCUCUGCCACACAUAUGACGGUGAGGGAACAGCACCGACUGCAUGAUCAUGUCUGAAACCCUAUCAUCUCCGUGAGAUAUAAGUUGAUGCAGUGGUAUGUGAUGUGUGCACACUUCCGAUCAUAUACUUUGACAAGGUGGAUCCAACGACUGUGUUAUGUACUCUCUCAGACGGCUUUUCCGAUCCGCCAACGCGUUCCACGACGGUCCGCGAUGCCAUCACCCUCGUCCAAGUACUGAAAGCUAUGCUUACCAUGCUCAAGUCAGGAAUGCCCCCACCCUUGUUAGUAGAUCCCGCAAUAGCGUUUGUUCAAGUAUUGAUAUUUCUUGGUGACUCGAAUGGACCCGCCAGGAUAAGUGAUUCUUCCACGACAAGCACAGCAAGUCUGAAUUUCAAGCAACUUACACAGCUUCCCUUAUAUUCCUUUUAAGGGUUUGGCGCCCAUACCUUUCAAGUAACGCACCCCUUGAACAAACUCCGCAGCGUCUGCUCCUUCGCACUUCCCUCACUCUGCUCUUCGUGUAUAUAACAGGUUUUCUCUUUCUUCUCCUUUCCGACCCUUCACGCUUUUCUUUCGCGAGCCGUUUGUGCCGCUUCUUCAUAUUUCAUGGUGUGCGAAGAGAGACACGUAGUGUCUAAUCCAGCUUUCUUAGAUUCAUUGGAGGAAGUGGAUCUUCGACGCCCAUUUGUCGGCACUCCCACCUCUUCUCUGAUUCCUCCUCUCCUUCAGCACACGCUUGGCACGACCCCUUCAACAAAUACAACUAAUUUACCCACCCCAGAGCCUGCUCGUGCCCCAUUCCUUCAUUAUGAAAGUGAUACACAGUUCAUCUUCUAUCCCAUUGAGUGGGACAAUAGCAUGGCUCCACCAGCUGCGCCGCUGCUGAGGGACAUGGACACUUUCACGGAAGGAACUGGUGUGGGCAGUUUCGACUUUAGCCUCGAGUCUACCUCGAAGGGGGGAUCUAGCGAGUGUAGUUUUCCCAACGGUACCGGUCGACAAUCUGUAGCGUUCUCCCCAGAGGACCCGUUGCGCUCUAUCGAGACUUGGAGAAAUGAUGUAUUGAGAAGUACCCUGGCCUCUUCCACAGAAGCUUCCCCUGUGCGUGGAUCCGGUCUGGCAGCACCUCAUACUUCCCAGGACUUCACGUAUCACCGUGUGGGGAAGCGUCACCGUUCGUCCACUAAUGAGUCUUUGCCUGUUGACGGCACAGCAUGGCAGGGAUCAUUUGGCCCUCGAGGUGAGAUCACUGACCGGACCAGUCGCCGGCAGCGAGCGUCUACACCACUGCCGUUGAUUUGAUGCUAUUUCUAGACUCUUGCAAUUUAUUUCAUUUUGUUCGUUUGACUAUAAGCUAGCUGAUAACCCUUUAUCUUACUAUAUAUGUAUUUUUCAGACAGGAAUGGUGGUCGUAUGGUGGUAUAUUACCAUAAUUUGGGUUCCUUUAAUAGUACGAUAUGAAAGUCGUAUCUACGAAUAAAUUAUCUAACAUAAUACACAUACGUCCAAGGUCCUAGGAGUAGGUACAUAGCUAUGCCGUCCUGUCACAAUGUUAUGCCGAUCGUUGCAAAUAAUCAAUACGCACUUCUUCUCUUCUCAA